AUGCAGGCUGCUGCGCAGAAGUCCUGGGGUUUGUACCCUUCAGUCCUUAUGCAAGACGUUCACAAGCACCCCAAGCUAACAUCAAGACCAACUUUAGAGCUCGAGAAUGCGAUCACCGUCUUCGACCCCGAACGCGAUGCGUUGUACAAUUAUGACCAAAAGACACAGCGUGACCUUAAUGAAGCACGGCCCUGGGCCAAAGAUCCAUAUUAUUUCAAAUACGUCCGAAUCAGCGCCGCCGCACUAUUGAAAAUGACCAUGCACGCACGCUCCGGUGGGAACCUCGAAGUGAUGGGUCUAAUGCAAGGCUAUAUCCUCCCAGAAACCUUCGUGGUAACAGAUGCAUUCCGACUCCCCGUAGAAGGCACAGAGACCCGUGUGAACGCGCAGGACGAAGCGAACGAAUACAUGGUCUCUUAUCUACAAUCAAGCCGAGAUGCGGGGGUGAUGGAUAAUGCCGUUGGCUGGUAUCACAGUCACCCGGGGUAUGGGUGCUGGCUAUCGGGUAUUGAUGUGGCGACGCAGCAGACACAGCAAAUGUCCGGGCCAUUUGUGGCUGUUGUUAUCGAUCCCGACCGUACGAUCUCGGCGGGGAAGGUGGAGAUUGGGUCUUUCCGGACAUUUCCUCUGGAAUUUACGCCUGCUAAGGAGGCUCAUGAAGAUGAUGAGUUUCAGACUAUUCCGGUGGGCAAGGCGGAGGAUUUUGGAACUCAUGCGAAUCGAUACUAUUCGCUUGAAACGACAUAUUUCAAGAGCACACUUGAUACUGAAAUUUUGUCAUUGCUCUGGAGCAAGUAUUGGGUCUCGACACUCAGUCAGAGUCCGUUGUUUGCUUCUCGGGACUAUGGUAGCAAGCAGAUUGUGGAUCUCAGUGAUAAAAUUCGCAUGGCUUCGAGGAAAAUCGAGAAUACCAAUUCGCGUCCCGGUUCAACUGCGGCCAAGGACGACCAGCUUGACAAAGUUGUCCGAGCCAGCGAACGGAUUGUCGCGGAAGAGGUUAAUGGUCUGAUGGCAUCUGAGGUUAAGCUGAAACUCUUCCGAGAUAUCGGAAAGCCAAAGCCAGCAGCCUAG